GCUGCCUAUUUGUCAUUUUCCGGUCGUCAUUUGUACGUGCGAGUUUUCGACGAGUGUGUGUGUAAAAAUAGAAUAGAUUUUUUGGUUAAAGAAUCAGCCUCGCAAGAACGUUUUUAAUUGGCAUAUAAAAAAAGAGCAGAAGUUACUACUCCGCACACACACCGCAAUUAACAAAAUGGCCGAUAAAAUAGUCGACAGUGAAAUGAACGGUGAAGACUUCACCAAGGAUGUGACCACCAAUGACGUGCCCACCCCCACUGCUACCGAAAAUGGUGAUGCGGCGGCAGCUUCAGCUACCGGCUCCAACAAUAGCAAUAGCAACGGCAGCAACUCUGAAAGCGGUGCCGUAGUCAACCAGCGUGAUGACGACAGAAAACUUUUUGUUGGCGGCCUUAGCUGGGAAACUACUGAGAAGGAACUCCGCGAUCAUUUUGGUAAAUUUGGCGAUAUUGAUAGCAUCAACGUUAAAACAGAUCCCCAGACUGGACGUUCUCGUGGAUUUGCCUUCAUCGUAUUCACCAACACCGAGGCUAUUGAUAAAGUUAGUUCUGCGGAAGAACAUGUCAUUAACGGCAAGAAAGUCGAUCCCAAAAAGGCAAAGGCACGCCAUGGCAAAAUCUUUGUGGGUGGCUUGACUACUGAAAUCAGUGAUGAGGAAAUCAGAACUUAUUUCAGUCAAUUCGGCACGAUUGUUGAGGUUGAGAUGCCAUUCGACAAGCAAAAGUCACAGCGCAAAGGAUUCUGCUUUAUUACCUUCGAUUCAGAGCAGGUUGUCACCGAUUUGCUAAAGACACCGAAACAGAAAAUCUCUGGCAAGGAGGUGGAUGUUAAGAGAGCCACUCCAAAACCUGAAAAUCAAAUGAUGGGCAUGCGUGGUGGUCCGCGUGGCGGUAUGCGUGGAGGACGCGGUGGCUACGGACGUGGUGGCUACAAUAACCAAUGGGACGGACAGGGUUCGUACUAUGGCGGAUAUGGUGCUGGUGGUUAUGGUGCAGGCGGCUACGGUGAUUACUAUACCGGUGGCUACUAUAACGGAUAUGACUACGGUUAUGAAUACGGCUAUGGCGGCGGAUUUGAUGGUAAUGGCUAUGGCAGCGGUGGCGGCGGCGGCGGCAAUAUGGGUGGUCGCGGUGCCGGUGGACCCCGUGGCGGCGGCGGUCCCAAAGGCGGCGGCGGUUUUAAUGGUGGGGGCAAACAGCGAGGCACGGGACGUCAGCCAAGACAUCAACCCUACUAAGUAAAAGAUACAUCAAUAUAUAUGUUUAUAUAUAUAUCUAUAUCUAUAUAAUAUAUAUUGGGGACAUUCUCGACAGAAAUAACUACAAACUAUUUGAAUUUUUGCUUAGUUUAGUUUGUUAUGCAUCUAACUACAAUACAACACACCUCUAAAUACAUAUAUCCAAAAAGAAAAGAAAAGAACAGAAUAAACAACACAAAUAUAUAUAAUUAUAUAUAUAUAUAUAUACAUAAAUAUAUAGUAAAGCGACUGCAGACAAACGGUAAACCACCUCUCAUUCUCAUGGCAUAUUUAGCAAGGCGUCAAUACUGGCAUUGGGAACAGUUGAUGAAAGGAGAAUUAAAUCUUACACACAUUUCGUGUGUGUGUAUGUACCAUUCCAACAACAAAAACUAGAUCAACAACAACAACAGAAGAGAUACAAUAACUACAACAACAACAAUAAUAAUAAGAAAGAAUAUCGAAUGUGUACACAAACAAAACACUCGAGUUUAACAACGCGGCAUCAUUUAUAUACAUAUAGUUAGGCUUAGACGACAUGUAAUUUUUCAGCAAGUGGCUAAUUUUUCAAAGCCGCACGCUCAUUAAGCCAGCAAAACUCUCCCACCAAGAUACCAUAUAUAUAUAUAUAUAUAUAUACAUAUAUAUAAACUCCCUCCACAAACCACCACUUAGAAACCACACAAACACACUCCAUAACACUCCACACACACACAAACACACACACAGACACACAUACAGGCACACACACUACAGGCCCCUCUCACCAGACAUACAAGCCACGCCCCCAUUUACCCGUUGUGUGUCGAAACAAAUUAGUUUCGUUUCAUUUAGUUUCUUUUUUUUUCUAAUGUAGUCUCAUACAUUAGGCAAGGUAAUUGUUUAACGUGUUAAGCACAGGGAAAUAGACACAAAACUUAAAAAAGAAAAAAAGAAAACAGCUAAAAUACAAUAGGCCUUAAGUAUUUGUUUAAAUUUAAUUAUUAAUAACUGUAAUAUGUAAUAACUAUCAACAAAAGAGAAGAGAACAAAACAAAAAAAAAAAGAGAAAAACAAUUAUAUAAAAAAGAAAAACAAACAAAUGCCAGCUUGCUGGUGUUCCUGCGGGACAAACUAUUAAAGUCCGCGUCCAAACAAA